ACUCCAAAUACAAUUAAAUAUAUAAAUACAAUAAAUUGAGCUCCUAAUUGGGGGUUUCUCUUAUAAUUUAUUUAUUUAUCUAUUUAAUCUAUUUGGAAACACAACAAAUAAUACUUAGUAAUAAUAAUAUGGGGAUGUCUAAAAGUGUCAAGGUUAUUCUAUCUCUCGCCCUCCUAGUGUUCUUGGCUCUUGCAGCAACCAAGACUGAGGCAAAAUACAUAGAUUACGGCGAUAUGAAUCGUGGAGAUCAUGCUAGAAACUGCGACAAAGCGCGACCUGAAUCCUGCAAGAAGGAAGAAGCUAACCCUUAUAGGAGAGGAUGCGAAGUGGGCACACGUUGCCGUCGCGCUCCAGGUGGAAAUUAAAACUGUGAAUCAUCAACUAGCUAAGCCAAAAGCAUACGAUAUUACAUCAAAUGCUAGUUUCCUAUUUAUUUAAGAAUGUGGUGACAUGUUUCUUGAUUUAGGAGUACCAGUUUUGGUUAUCUGUAAAACACACAUUAUACAUCCUCAUAUUCAUUUGUUAAUGAGAUUGUUUUAUAGUCUUUUUUUUGUUGGUUUUGUAAUUGUUUGUAACCAGAUGAUGUUAUGAUCAAUCAUAUAUAAAUAUAUUUCAGUUAAUAUU